UACAGGCACAUGUGAGCAAACAUGCAGAACGGAGAUGUAAACGGGGAGGAAGAUGAAGAGUAUCGGCUGUUCCUCGCUUUACACACUCCCGCGUUAAAGGCCGCGAGAAUCCCACCGCUUUACUGGAGGAGUUUGCAUUUAAAACUCACUAAUGAGGUGUUUGAUGCAGGUGAGGUGUUUGGGAUCAUGCAGGUGGAAGAAGAGGAAGUGGAGGAGGAUGAAAGUGAACGGAAACACCAUCCUGGAGAUGAGAUGAGUUAUAAAGUGAUUGUCACACGAGAUAGUGGCCUGCAGGCUGCUGAUCCUACCAGCAUUUUUCUUGUGGAUCACGCCUGGACGUACAGAGUGGAAAGUGCCAGACAGCAGCUGCUGGAGAUUCCCGGACUGCUCAUACGGAUGGCCAGCCUGAUGGGCUUUCCUUUCCACGGAGAGGCUCCUGACCCGGAAAUCGUGGAGACGGUCCUGGAUAAUAUGUGGAAGUACAACCAAACAUAUCAGCUGUCUCAAGGGUCUGCAGAAGAGAAGGUCCCUGUGUGGUACAUUAUGGAUGAGUUUGGUUCUCGUGUUCAACACUCCUCGCAGCCGACGUGCUGUAUGGCUCCUCUGUUCUACGCUCCACAACAAAUCGCUUACACUGUGCUGUGGCCGCUGCAAGUCCUGGAAAAUGCAGAUGAAGUGACACGAGAUUAUGCGCACGGUGAAACUGUUUCUACGGUGAGGAGAUGUCGUCUGUUACCAUGGCUACUCGAUGAUCUUCAGGACGUGAGCGAUGACGUCCAGGAACCAUCAGACCUUUACUAUGAAACCAUUCUGCAAGAGAACAAGGAGAAGCUCCCGGUGGACAUUCAGCCGUACUGUGUGCCAGACGGGAACGUUUUAAAGGUCUACUCUGAGCUGAAGCAGGUCACAGACAAUCUUAAACACCCACGAUUCCAGUUUACCCAAAAUGAAGAGGAGGCCGAUAUCAUCUGGGCCUUUUCUCAUAUCCGAGACUAUAGGAAGAUGAGCGAAGAACGACCUCACGUCCUCCUCAACCAGUUCCCCUGCGAGACGGUGCUCACCACUAAAGACUGCCUGGCGUCAGUGUCCCGGAGAGCGAGGGGAGGACAGGGACCCCUGUGGCUCCCCAGGACCUUUAAUCUACAGACGGAGAUGCCUCAGUUCAUCAGGCAUUACUCACAGAGAAAGGAGAGGGGUCUGGAUAACCACUGGAUCUGUAAACCCUGGAAUCUGGCUCGCGGUCUGGACACACACAUCACAAACAACCUGAAUUACAUAAUCCGACAGAGGGAGAGCACUCCAAAGGUGGUGAGUAAGUAUCUGGAGGACCCCGUGUUGUUUCGUAGAGAAGAGGUGGGCGUGGUGAAGUUCGACAUCCGUUACAUGGUGCUCCUCCGCUCCGUGGAACCUCUGCGUCUUUACGCGUACAACGUGUUCUGGCUGCGAUUUGCAAACAAACCCUUCUCGUUGGAUCAUUUGGAUGAUUAUCAGAAGCAUUACACCGUGAUGAACUACGCUGAAAAUGUGCAGCUCAAACAGAUUCACUACGAUGAGUUCAUACCCAUGUUCGAAAGCCAGUAUCCACAGUUUCCAUGGAAACAAGUUGAGGCGGAUAUCUUCCGAGCCUUUUCUGAGCUCUUCCAGGCGGCCUCCUGUCGUCCGGCUCCAUAUGGCAUUUGUGCCUAUCCGUCCUCAAGAGCCAUUUACGCCAUCGACCUUAUGUUGAAAUGGGACCAGACAGCAGAAGGAGAGCGUGUGAUGGUGCCUCAGAUACUGGAGGUGAACUUUAGCCCCGACUGUGAGAGGGCAUGUCGUUACCACCCCAGCUUCUACGACCACAUGUUUCAAACUCUGUUCCUGGAUCAGGCGGAGCAGUGCCCCGUUACUCUCAUUGAAUGACCACACUAAAUUUCAGCUUUCAAAUGAUUUGUUGGAAAUAAAGAGAGACACUGCAACACUG